UCUCGCCACCUCCACCCACCAUUGCCAGCGCCAGUGCUCCCAGAGUCACAGAGAGCGAAGCUAGAGCAGUGUAGUUGGCAAAGAACGCAAGGGAAGGCGCGGGAGGAAGCUAAACUGCUGUUAGCAAUGGCGCUUGUUCCUCUCCUCCUCUCGCUGCUCCUCGUCUCCUGCGCCGCGCAGUCGCCGGCCUCGUCGCCGUCCGCGUCCAAGGCUGCUCCGGUCGGCGCCUUCCCGCCGCAGACAUUCGCCGCGGCGCCGACCACGGUCAAAUCACCGCCGCAGGCCUCCUCGCCGUCGCAGGUGUCUGCAGCGCCGCCGACGACCUCGGCCGCCUCGCCGUCACAGGUGUCUGCGGCACCGCCGACGUCCUCGGCCGCCUCGCCGUCACAGAUGUCUGCAGCACCGCCGACGACCGUCGCUGCCUCGGCGCCACAGGUGUCUGCCGCGCCACCGACUGUCGCUGCCUCAGCGCCGCAGGCUGCUGCGGCAGCUCCGCCGACAACGGCCGCCUCGCCGCAGCUUGCUGCCGCGUCAGCUCCGACAAAGAGCUUCGCCGCUGCACCACUCACCGCCACGUCGCCUGCGGCGUCCACUGUUGCCUCUCCGCCAUUCACUGCCACGUCACCUCCACCUGCCACCUCCUCGCCACCCGUCUCUGCACCCCCUCUCGCAGUGACCGCAGCGCCUCCGGCGAUGCCACCUACCGUCGCCGCGCCGCCUCCGGCCCCUGUGGCCGCACCCAUGGCCACACCACCAGCCACCGCGCCUCCCGCAAUGGCUCCGUCUCCCCUGCUCAUGGCUCCCGUGGCAUCGCCCAUCGUCCCGCCAGCGACGGCCCCCGCACCGGCGCCCAUGUCACCGGCACCGGCGCCCAUGUCACCUGCACCGGCUCCGAUCUUCGCCCCGACUCCGUCGCCCACGAUGGCACCGGAGCCGGCGCCCACCAUGGCGCCCGAGCUGUCGCCCAUCAUGGCCCCUUCGCUGUCCCCGCUCGGCUCGGCGGGCCCCGCGUUCGCGCCCGUGGCAGAGGAGGACUCGGCGGCCGGGAGCGCGCGCGCCGGCGUCGCCGCGCUCGUGGCCAUGGCGGCUGCAGGGCUCGUGGUCUUGUUUUAAUUGAGCAGAGCAGGGCUGGUUUACUUUGGUGAUCUUGUUUAGUGUUACGUUACACGAGCGUGUUGUCCCGACGACGUUCUUUCUGGACGUCGCAUGUACUGCGAAUUCUUUCUUGGUGUACUGCACAUUAUUGGUCAUUUGUUUAUUUCUUCUUAUAAAUAUAUGGAUGGAUGAUAUCUCA